AUGGAAGAUCGACCAGCCCGUUCCGAACGUCAGACUCGGUUCGAUACCACACCAGGCAAUGCAACUUCCAGAGGAUGGUCCGCUUCUCAAUCUACUGUCAGACCUUCACCUAGUCCAAACAUCCACGGAAAAGGAUCAAGAUCGAGAUCACGGUCGAAAGCCCGCUCAAGCUCGAAAUCACGUACACGUACACACACACGUGCGAAAUCAACAUCACCGUCCCCUCCUCCAUCCCAAGUACGAAUACAGCUUGCAGAGGAUUAUCGCUCACGUCUUCCUUUGAUCGCGUCACGAUUCAUAGGCUAUCGUCCUCCAGGUGCCGUACCGCCAUACGAACCUCUUCCCAUCCCACCUUUCAUGUGGUUACAGCACAUAUCGUUGAAAUAUGAAAUAUGGUUAUUUAGCUUUGUCGGGUCAUUCGUCGGUAUCUUACUGGUAGAAGCUAUCUGUUCAACCAACACGGUAUUUAGAGAGGUAUAUGGUUCGCCGGUGAUCGUAGGAUCAUUCGGUGCAGCUUGUAUACUCUUAUUUGGAGUUAUCGAAAGUCCCUUAGCUCAACCUAGAAAUCAUAUUUUGGGGAAUUUGAUCGGUGCUAUCAUAGGUAUUGCUCUGACCAAGUUGUUUACCUUAACUGGGAAAGAUGAAUAUAUGGAUAGUCUAGAGAGUAAUGGGAGGUUCAAUGGAAGGAGUUUUGUGAACGGGGGAUUGGCAGUGGCUGUCACUAUGUUGAUUACCUCCAUGUUGGGUAUGGUACAUCCACCAGCAGGUGCGACUGCCCUAGCAGCUGCUACGGACCCAUCGGUCAUAAAUUUAUCAUGGAAUUACAUCCCGAUCGUAUUAUGCUCUGCACUCUUACUCAUCGGAUGGGCAUUGUUGAUCAACAAUUUGGGACGAAGGAGAUAUCCAGUAUAUUGGUGGAACCCUCAGCGAUACUUUGUCAAGCCUGAUCCCGAACUAAAGGAAGGAGAUCAAGAUCCCCAGAAAGGGAGAUCAAGUAUGAUGAGAGUGAGAUCGAGAGAAAGUGAAGAAUUAGCUUUGAAGACUUUAGAAGAAGGUAGAUUACGUCAACUUGAAGAUGGAGGCAGAUCACCUGAAGCGCUGCUUGUUGAUAGGAUGCAAGGUCAUGGAGGUCAUCUGAAUAAUAUAGUACAUGCUUCAGACGGAGCGAGGGGAAGUGAUGAUGGGGAGAGAAGGUGGAGAAGUGUUCGUGAGCCUUUGGGGAAGAUCAUGUCCAGACACGAUCGAGAGCUUGCGGAGGGUGCAGAGGGAGAUAGGUGA